AUCGUUAAUGAGAAAGACACAAACAUUAUACAUUAGGCUAUAUUUUUAUUUUACCAGGAUGCAGCGUCAAUGUCCAGGUGUGACGCAUGCUACCACUGUCUGCUACUCUCUGCUAAUGCUAACGCUAGCUUAGCAUGGUUCUAAUGAACUUACUAGUCAACUAGGCCUACAUCAGUCACAGGGACAGGGAUAACGAUUUUCUCAAAAGCCAAGACUUACCAAUUUUUUGCGUUCAUAUAACCGUCAUUGUUCUUCAUGGAUCCUUGUUGGAAACGAUAAUCCGGCUGUUAAACAGUUAGGAGUAUAAUGUGUUUACCUGAGUGUCAAAGACGAUAACCGGAAGUGACAUUCGUUUUGAUUUUUUUAAAAUAAUCGUUUGUAAACAAAGAAAACAAUUUAUGUUAAGUCUAUGGUUGGCACAAGAUGCAUUGAUGAUACUGAGGUGAUACAUUUCCAAAUGCAUCAACAAUUUACUGUUAUGUAGAUUUUGAAUAUACAAAUAUUCAGUGAAUGGCAGAACAUUACACCACGUGAAAUAGGAUAAUUUGUUGGAAUGCUAGUUUUUAGACUGCUUUAGUUUAAUGCAGGCUAUUCUGUCAAUAAAUGCAUGUCCUUGCCUCAUAUAAAAAUAGUCUAAAUAUAUAGGAACCAGGUUAAAACCAUAUUGUAUUUAUUGUGUUGUAGAUGAAAUGUUCCUGAUUUAAAUUGGAUAAGGAAUUUGAAUAAUCUAAAAAUGGCAGUUAGUGUGUUGUUGUGACUUUUUAUAGUGCGUCUUCUUAAAGUAGGGAUUAUUAGUUACCUAUAACUUUAAAAACACAGAUGUUCCUGUAGGAGACAGCAUGCUUUUAUGUUUUAAUACUCAUGUGGUCCCUACAAAUUAACUUCCAAGUCUGAAAGGAAGCUCAUGUAUCACUUUUCUGUUUUUGCCUAAUUUAAUUUGUGCUUUAGUAAUGUAUAAAUCCAGAAAACAAGGAUUCUAGUCAUAAUUCAUACACAUGUGGUGAUUUCAUUGUUUCUGGUGUUGAGUAACUUCUUUCAUUUUUUGAGAUUGUGCAGUUGUUUAAUAUAUGUACGUGUCUGGGUGUUAUUUUGUAAAGUGUGUACUGCAACAGGCUCAGUAGAGUUUCAUCAGUGUUUCCCUCUAUUGCCGUGCCACAGGCCUACAGUAACCAUGUACCUCCCCAUGGAAGUCCCUGGUUAAAGACGGCUGUGUUUGAGCGAGCUUGCUAAAAAGUCUGACUGUAGGCAUUCUCACUUUGCAAUUCAUUUACUUGAGAAACUGGGUCAGUGGUAGCACAUUAAAGCUAGAGUUGUCUUCCUGGCGUUGUCUCACUAAGGAACAGAGAAGGAAAGAAGAUUGUUUUUUAGAAAUUCAAGGCCAACAAUUUCCUUUGCAUAGUGAAAAGGUAUAGAAUAUCCUUCUGCCUGUAUACAGUAAGAUAUAGGACAGUGGCUAGGUCUACAAGCUACAAAUGUUACAAAAGACAAUGAUGUGGUAAAAUGAAUUUCAUUUCUCAAUGAAGUCAGUUUUGUAUAACCAAUAAGCUGAGGAUUAUUCUAAGCCUAUUUUAUUAGGCUGUUGAAGUAGCAAAGGAUGAAGAGGCUUUAUCAGUGCAUUUUGAAUAUAGAGACCCCAGCUGUAAUGAAUAAUUGCCAAAAAAGAAUUUAGGGAUUUUAUUAUUUAACUGAAAUUAUGAAUGCAAAUAGUGCAUAUGAGGGCAAUGGGCAUUUUCCCAAUCAGAUAAGAGCAAAGUAGAAUUAUGGGUCUUAACCUCACAUGAAAAAGACGCACCACCUAGAGAUGUGGGACCUUUUCUCAUUCUGCAGUUUGCUGUGUCAGCAGUUUAGACCAGCAGCACAAUUGAAAGGCUUUAGAAGGACCCAGUCAAGCAUCACACUGCUGUGCUGACAGAGGGGAAAAGAUAUAACGCUAACAGAUAAAGUCUUCAUAGGAAGGAUUAAUGUCCUUGCUUUACCUUCAUCAAUAUGUGUAGGAUCACGCUGGUGACAAUCUUCAUUUAAUUAGCAAGUGUCUGACAAGUCGGUGAUCUUUAAUAAGAAGAGACGCUUUGUGCACAACGCAGAUUAGAUACAACAGUAAGGGGACAGCUCAACAAAGCUUUACUAUAGCAUCACUAGGAAUAAAAUAAAAACUCCAUUGGUACCUUACCUUCAAGGCUAAAUGUAGCUGUGUUAUUCUGCUGAAAUAGAGUUUCAAUGAAUUGGUUAGUUGAUCAGCUAAAGGAAACAGCAGCUAUUUGAUUAGGGAAUUAAUCAAUUUUUUAACAUCAAGAAUAAUUUGGUUCCACCUUUUUAAAUGUGACAUUUAACUGUGGUGGGUUGACCUAAUUAAUAAAUUAGUCUGGGUUCGUAUUUCUGGAAGAUAUAAGCAGUGUAAUACAAUUGUUGUAUUCGGGAUUGUUAGAAACGUUAUUUUGAUCUCUCUGUUUGUACACACAAACUGAAAGAUUGACAUUAAAGUUGACUUUGACAUGCCUUGAUAUUUGGGAGCCUUUAAUGGACACUUUUUCUGACAUUUUAAAGACUGAAAACAGAACAGUAAUGUAUUGUUUUAGUGCUUGUGCCUGAGUGACCUAAAACCUCCUCACACGUCAUACGUCUCCACCCUAACAAGUGUUUGACCUUCCAAUGUAAUGUCCCUCCCUGCCCAAUCCUGAAUCUACACUCUCCCCUUUGCUUUCGUGAGAUUGUGAAACUUCCUUUUUUGGGCAGUCCAGCUCACCAGAUGUUUCCUGAGUCCACUGUGUUCAUAACUCACUCCCCUCCCCAGCAGUGAAAAACAAGGGAAGGACAGAGAGAGGGGAUCUGUCAUUUAGUGAAGCCAAGCACAGAGAGAUACCUGGAUACCUUUUCUGCGUGUGCCUCUCAGCUACAGCGACCGGGAUUGACUUUGGCUGCAAUGACAUUAGAACUCACCUGGACAGCAUACACAGAAACAUAAAUACACACAUUUUUUGGCUCUACACUCUACUAUUUUUCAGAGUAGUUAGAGCUCAGAGACAGGAGCCCUACUGUUUUUUUCUCUGGUGUGCAGCCUGUAGUAGGUCGCCGGCGAUGUCGUGGGACUGUGGCCUGAAGUACAUGUUCUCCGCAUCCCCUGCACUGCAGCCGGGGAGCAUGUGUAUCCUGCAUGAUAAGGAGGAUCUGUCCCGACUGGAGAUGGUCCAGAGACUGGCCAAGGAUGGCUGCCGCUUCCUGCAGAACCACAGCAAGGGCCCGGAGAGGACAAGUGAGCCCCAGAGUGACGAGGCAGUCCGCGUGUGUCUGAGGGAGAGGGGCCGCGAUGUGCUGGUUCUCCAGAGAAUAUCGUCAGAGCAGCCAACCCUCUCUGCAUCGGCGAGGGGAGGGGGGAGAGAGGAGGCGAGGAACAGGAGGUUCGUGGUGGUCUCAGGGACCCCAGAGAAGAUCCUGGAGCACUUGCUGAAUGACCUGACAUUAGAAGAAGACCAGGGGACAUCCCAGGGCAAAGAGUCAGAUACACUACUGGAUGAUUUUCUGCUGACCUACCCAGUGUUCAUGUCAACCAGUGAUUUAUGUCAAGCUCUGCUGGGACACUAUUGCACCAAGCGCCACAGAGGGAAGGAGGACAGGAAGGAGGCUGUGGAGAGGAAACAGAAAGUCCUUCACCUGGUGUCGCAGUGGAUGGCCCUCUGCAGAGACUUCCUGAGGGACGACGAGCAUGUCAAGCUGUUCAUGAAGACUUUGUAUCGUUACGUGUUGGAUGAUCUCUAUGAGCAUCCAUCUCUGGACAAGGAUGUGAGGGAACUGCAGAAACUGUACCAGCUGCACCGCACACAUACGGUGGAUAACUAUUCCCCUCAAAGAAAGAGCAAAGCACUUUUCCACCAAUCGAGCCUAAAAGAGAACAGGCUCCAGUCCAGAGGAACACAGAGGGAGAACAAGGAAGUGCUGUGUCACGUGUAUAUCACCAUGGACUCGUUCCUGAGUAUGAGGGCCCACGGCGGGGUGGUGGCCCAGGAGCUGCUUCAGGCCGUGGCAGAGAGGAUGGACGUCCCACUCGGGGGACUGGUGCUGGUGGCUGUCACUUACAAUGGGGGGAGGCUCCUGCUGCAGCCUCAGGACAGAGUCUUCUCUGAUUCACUACGGCCGGUGGGGAGGCUGCAUGUGUGCAGGAAGGACCUGGGUGAAGUCCUGAACCCGUUCACUGACAACUCAGAGCUCCAACAGAGGACGGCACGCAUGCUCAGUUUAAACACGUGGGACGUGGCGGUCGCUCUCACCAACUUUGACUGGACCAUCUUUGCCUCAAUACACGAGCAAGAACUGGUGUAUUUCACCUUCAGUCGCCACAGCAGCAGCAGCCACACGGUGGCGCUGGAGCUGCUGCUGCAGCGCUGCAAUGAGGUCCAGCUGUGGGUGAUGACCGAGGUGCUGCUGUGCCCAACGCUCUGCAAACGGGUCCAACUCAUCAAGAAGUUCAUCAAGAUCGCUGCUCACUGUAAAGCACAGAGGAACCUCAACUGUUUCUUCGCCAUUAUAAUGGGCCUGACCACUGCAGCUGUUAGCCGCCUCAGUCAGACAUGGGAGAAGAUGCCUGGCAAAUUCAAAAAGCUGUUUACAGAAAUGGAGACAGUUACAGAUCCCUCGCUGAACCACAAGGCCUACAGGGACUCCUUCAAGAAGAUGAAGGCUCCAAAGAUCCCCUUCCCUCCUCUGCUACUGAAAGAUAUUACGUUCAUUCACGAAGGCAACAAGACGUUUCAUGAUAACCUGGUUAAUUUUGAAAAGCUGCACAUGAUCGCAGAGACAGUACGACUCAUCCGGCAGUGUCAGAAAGAUCCCAUGGGUAACGGCAUCACCCAGAAGAGCAGCACAGAAGUGCGAGCGUACAUCGACGACCUGCAUAUCAUCGACAAUCAGCAGACUCUGUUUGAACUGUCUCACAGGCUGGAGCCCCGUGCUUAGAGAGCAGCUCUCACUGCACCCCCCACUGUGUCAGCCACACUGUCUGAUUGCCAAGGAACGAUUUAUCGCCGUCUCAUCUAUCUCUCAGGACUCAGUCAGCAAUCAGAGGCCGCUCAGUCAGGAGGGUGACACCACAGAUGGGACUAAGCAGAAACAGAAGCAUAUUAGGUUAAAUGCACACGUGUUUGCAUUAGAUCCAUAAGUGUCAGUGAUUCAAAACGCCUGAAAGCAGGUCCAGCUGCACAGCCAGCAGAUCUACUUCAACCAAACUGCCUGGAAGACAUCUGUAGGUCUUGAUCCAUGUGUCGAAACCAAACCUGCUGCUAUUACUUUAGUUCUUACAGUCACAAGUUGGCCGAGCUGUUCUCAGAAUGAUACAACAGCUCCCCCUAGUGGAGAAGCAGCAGGCUGCAAUAACAGCACGUUUGAAGAUGGAAGUGCUUCCCAACUGCUAAAAAAAACACAGAACAUGAAGGUGCUAACAAAAGGUGUUGAGUUUCACUUAAGGUCCACUUAGUAGCCUUUUAACCACAUAAAUCACAUCAGUAGUGAUUGAGAUGCAGGUUCACUCAUGACACUGGACAUCUUUUUGUAUUUUUCACCAUUUAAAGAUCUGGCAGCGACAGUUUGUUUUAUCCGAGACAACCAAAGAGUAUCUCAGUCCAAUAUUGUACACACACAGGAUCCAGAUGUUCUCUUUGCCAGAUGCAGGACAUGCAUCAGUAAUGAAUCAGUACACUGUAUGUACAACAAGCUGAAUCAAGAGGACAGAUUUAGGGAAAAUGAUUGUUAAAUAUUUAACAUUUUCAUAUAUUAUUUUCAUUAUGUAUUUUUACAGAAUUCCCUUAACAUAUAUUUUUUAUCGUUGAAUCAGAGUGUAUGAGAUGGGGCAACUCAGAUGGUUUUAGAACAUUGAAUUAGAUAAUACAAAAUGUAUUUCUCUGAUGUGGGAAAAGCUUUGUGUCCUGUCUGUGAGACAUAAUCACGUACAGUAUGUUAUUGCUAAAUACCAUUAAAACGCCUGUUUAAAGUGAUGCUAAUUGCAUAAGGCUCUCCAUUUAGAUGAGCUGUGGACAAUCAGUUAUAAAUGAAGCAGCAGAUUCAUACUGACACGUGUCCGUAUUGGUCUUUAAAGUUCAGGUUAAAACACAACAUAGUGCACAUUGCAACCCAGACAGUGUUUGAUUUGUUGAGGUGUUGAGAUAUCCGCUCUAGCUGUAUGGUACAAAGAGAUUAGCAUUUGAAAAGCUCAGCAACAAUCUUUAAGAAACAUUAAAGACAAACCACAACACAAAGUUUUUUGUUUUCAUCAAAUGCUACAGAGCUGCAGCUUACAAUAUCUCAUUUAUCCUCAGUAGAUGUAAGGUUGGAAAUUGUAAGGGAUAAAUACGUUUCCUUGUGUUUCUGGGGUUAACUGUCAGUGAAGUAAAGAGCAAUAGAGUGGUGCAGGGAUGACGUAUUUACCCGGAAAUAAGCUGCGCAUGGGUUCCCUUGACAAAAAAGCAAUGGGAUUUCUCCAUAGGAUUUUGGCCAACCCGGUCUCACAGUCUGCGUACAAAUGACACGACUUUGCAAAGGCGUGCAAUAAGUCCAAUUUUGCGUGGAUAUGAUACGCUGAUAUUGCACCUCAAACAUUAAAACAAAGAGCACUGUGGCUUCAGGCUUGAUCGCCGUUCCAAUGACAGUUUUAAUGUUUGCGGUGUAAUAAACGACACAGCAGCUUAUUGGGUUUGGUUAAAUAAAUGAAAGAUAUAGAAAAUAAACGCAUGUAAUGUUCAUAACAACGUAACGUGGGAGUAUCGUAUGCACGCAAAAUCGGACUUCAGCGUAUCUAUUGCACGCCUUUACAAAAGUCGUGUCAUUUGUACGCAGACUGAAGAGAGUGGGCUGGAUUUUGGAAAAUAGCUCGAAAUAAGAUCUGUGGAAAACGAACCUGUUAGAUAAACGCACGUUUUAUUCAGCCGGAUAAUAUCCACAUGUCCACCCUACUUUUAUAAUGUUCUAAUCAUAAAUCUAAUCGCCAGAAGCAAAAUGCUAACGUUAUGUUAUAAACGAACUAGCCUACAGCCGAGUACAGCAGGGUCGCAUGACUUCAACGUCACGCCAACUUAAGAUCGAUAUUCAAAAAUACAGACUCAAAAUUGUACAAGUUGAAGCUUUUGUUUUAACAGUUUGCAAGAGCGCAGGUACUUGCUUUCAAGCAGACCAGAGCAAACAAACUUAGCGGGAGUGUUCGGUGUAAUGAUGACGUACAACGUCCUCGACAACUUCCAUAGUCCUAUUCAGCCACUUGUUAACAACCAUCGUUUUUCAGACACGUACACUCUUCAAAAAUCACCAGUGGGGUCACUGCUGAUGUAUUUAAUGUCGGAGAACAAAACGUGAUCCGUCUCUUAAAUUUGUGUCAACCACAGACCUUAUUUCCAGCUAUUUUCCAAAAUCCUAUGGAGAAAUCCCAUUGAUUCUGAGACGAGGGAACCGGAAGUGGUAAAAUCAUUGGGUAAAAUGCUGACUCACUUCCGGGUUUUAGGACUCGUCACUGCACCUUCUAUUAUAUGGCUCUGCACCACUCUAUAGCAAAACAAAUACUACAGCACCUUCUGGACAAAAACAGUAGAAAAUAGAAGCCAUUUGCUUAUGUACAGUGUGUAGUAAAACUACUGUAAACAUAUACAAUGUGUAGUAAUACUACUGUCUACUCCUGUACAAUGUGUAGUAAUACUACUGUAUACUCCUGUACAUUGUGUAGUAAGACUACAGUAUACACUUGUACAAUGUGUAGUUUUAGAAGAUACUGUACGCUAUUUAUUCUCUAGAUCGGUCACCUGAAAAUUCUCUUUCGUCCUGAAGUUAGGCCGUUUUAAGUAGGCGUUGUGAAGUGGCAUUUUUUUAAAUCUUGAAAUAGUAUUUUAAUUGUUGGAUUUUAAAGCCCACAGUUAAAAUUGAGAGACAAUUGGGUUAGCAGUAUCUUACUUUGAAUUUAAUUUGUAUCAUCAUUAGUUUGAUUUUAUUUGUACUGUAUAUAUUUUGCAAUUCUGGAUACAGAUAUUUAUUUAUUUCAGAAUUAUUUAUUUGUUCUAUAGAUAUGACUUCAACUUCUUUGGUUUGAUUUUGUGUUUUUUGUACGCACCGUUUAAAGGCUGGUCUGCGUGAUAUGGUAAGCCAUGGAGGGACCACCAUUGUGAACUGUGCAUGCAAUAAAAUAUUUUUCCUCAUCA